AUGGACAACGUUAAUAUUACCACAGUCUUUCUUCUUGGAUUCCAAUGCCCGGAUACCAUCAGAAUUAUAUUAUUUUUUGCCCUUCUAUUAAUUUAUGGGCUGACAAUCGCUGGAAACCUUCUCAUUAUUUUAUCAACAACAUAUGUCCGUGGUCUACAUUGUCCCAUGUAUGUCUUCCUUACACAGCUUUCUAUUUCGGACUGCCUGCUGACCACAAAUAUUGUGCCAUUUAUGCUUCAUGCCUUAUUACAUGGCGGUGGAACUAUGCCUUUUACAGCGUGUAUGAGUCAAUUUAAUUUAUUUGGUGUCUCGGAAGCCUCAGCAUGUCUUCUACUGACGGCGAUGGCUUAUGAUCGGUAUGUGGCAAUUUGUAAACCUCUCCAUUACAACUUAAUAAUGGACUUUACCCUGUGCUUCAAACUAAUUAUGGUGUCUUGGAUGUUGAGUUUUUCAUUAAUGCUCAUCGAAACAAUCAAUAUACACAAACUCAACUUUUGUGGACCUCAUGUCAUUGACCAUUUCUUCUGUGAUUUUUAUCCACUCCUAGAGCUUUCUUGUUCUGAUGUGUCCAGGGUAAGGUUGGAGGUUGCAUUACUCUGUAUCCCCGUGAUCAUUUGCCCUUUCAUCAUAAUUAUAAUAUCGUACAUCUACAUCGCCUUCACCAUCCUGAAGAUCCAAUCAAUUUCAGAUCGUCAGAAAGCCUUUUCCACCUGCAGUUCCCACCUAAUCGUGGUGUCCUUAUUUUAUGGUACUUUAAUUGGUAUUUAUGCCCUUCCAAUAAGAAAUCAAGCCCUGCUCCCUGGCAAACUCCUGUCUCUGCUGUACAUAGUAGUGACUCCAUUUCUAAAUCCUAUUGUAUACAGCCUAAGGAACAGAGAGAUGAAGGAUUCUUUCACGAUUUUAAUAGUUUAUGUUCAGAACACCCUCCAUAUUGAAGACAUAGUGUCAUUUUUUAUACGUUGA